AUGGACAAGGGUCGGAAGGCUGUUUUAGGUGACAAGAGAUUGAGUUCUGAGCCUAUGGAGUGUAGGGAUGGAGUUCAAGAACCAUGCAUAUGGUCAUCUCCUGAAGGGGGAAAGAUGAAGUUGAACUUGGAAAACGAAUCUUCUGCAAUAGCUGUCGGCUUUGAUAUGGAUUACACAUUGGCACAGUAUAAGCCUGAAACCUUUGAAAAACUUGCGUAUCAAGGCACGAUCGAAAAGUUGGUGUCUAAUCUUGGCUAUCCUGAAGAGUUGUUGGGUUGGCAAUUUAAUUGGAAGUACAUGGUCAGAGGAUUGGUUCUAGAUAAAAAGAGAGGCAAUAUCUUGAAGAUGGAUCGUCAUAAAUAUGUGAAAGUGGCAUACCAUGGAUUUAGAGAGUUGACCAAGGAAGAGAAAGUUGGCACCUAUGGGAAUACUCUGAUACGAGAUGCUUUUGAUGAGCCAGAUUAUGCGCUUAUUGAUACUCUUUUCUCAUUAGCUGAAGCCUAUUUGUUUGCCCAACUUGUUGAUUUUAUGGACAAAAAUCCAGGAAGAGUUCCAGCAAGAGUUGAGUAA